AUGGCUGACGUUCAAGAAACAAAGCUAAAAUAUCGUAGAGGAACCUGUUUGAGUUGUCGAAAAUGCUUGUAUUGUGGAAUUGACUUACAACAAAAAAGGUGUAAUUGCAAUUUAUCUGAUGCGCCACAUAGAGGUAAUCGGACUGCAGCUGUCAAAAAUGCUUUUACACGAUUAUUCAGUCCAAAUUGGGCAAAAGAGCAAAUAGAAUAUGUUUGUCAGAAAAUAGCACUUUAUAAUUACUCACUAAAUCCAAAAGAAGCUUUUAAUUUUUCCAUGUGUUCUCGGUGCAAUAGCUACUUUUUAAGAUUGUCUUCAAAGACAAAAAAAUCGAAAACAACAUUAAAUUCGAAUCCGCCAAAUUCUACAAUUAUGAAUAAUGAUAGCUUUUCAAAAAUUGAAACGUAUGAUCUUACUACUUCGAUGAGUGAACCUUCUGAAUCUGAUGAAACAUAUGAAUGGAGGUCUAAUGAAAGAGAUUGUGAAAAGGAAUAUAAUAAUAAGGAUUAUGUUGAUAAUGA